CUCCUCAACAAUACAAACCUUACAAACCCCUGCGUAUAUACAAACCGACUACAUACAAACCGACUACAUACAGAUACAAUACAAAUACUCAAAACCUCUCAAAAACCCUUACACACUAUUACAUCGGAAUGUCACGCAUCAUCACCACCAAAAAAAUCUUGAACUACAUAUUUCAGUAGCAAUUUCAAAGCACAUGAAGACUGAAACUAUUCCUAGAAAUAGGAGAUCGCGCAGGAGACGCAGUGGAGGAAGUGACUCAGUAGAGAGUACUCUUGAGAAGUGGAAGGAGUACAAUAAACAGCAACAACAACUAAUCAGUGAAGGAGAUGAGGUUGAAGUGAUUCACAAGGUUCCUGCAAAGGGAUCGAAAAAAGGAUGUAUGAAAGGCAAAGGUGGACCACAGAAUUAUGAUUGCAAGUUCAGGGGUGUGAGGCAGAGGAUUUGGGGCAAAUGGGUUGCAGAAAUCCGCAAACCUAUCCAUAGCAAGCGUGUUGGUGAAGAAUCAAACAGGCUUUGGCUUGGAACCUUUUCUACUGCACUUGAAGCUGCUCUUGCUUAUGAUGAAGCAGCAAGGACCAUGUAUGGCCCUAGCGCUCGUUUGAACUUCCCUCACCAUCAUGGCAUAGAAUUAGUAAGUUCUAAUGGAUCAUCUAGUAGUACAGGAUUUGAUCAGAAAUCACCAAGUGGAACCUAUAUAGAUACUUUGAAUGGUGGUGAUGCUGCAAAAGUUGACGGGUUGGAGGGGAAUCUUGAUAUGGGUCUCGAAGAACAACUCAAGUUUUCUGAGGUAAAUGAAUUAUUGGAGAUGGAAUGUGAGGAAGGAAUUCUUCAAGGGCCUUUUAAGUAUGUAAAGGAUGAAGUUGCUGGAGGAAGUGAAGGACUGGAAGGAGAGUUAGAGAAGGUUUUGAAGAACUCUGGUAUAGUUGAAGAGUGUAAUAAUUACAUGCUUGAGGAUUCUAUGUGCAUGGCUGUAAAUAUAGGAGCUGAUUAUAACUCUUGUGAUGCUACUGAACAGGGGAUUAUGGGGAAGAGUGAAGUGGAAAAUUACAAAUCCUGCAAUGAGUUGAGCUGCACAAACCAUUGCUUUGGAUACUUGCAUAAUAUGAUUCCAAACAGUAAUCCUAUGAUACCAAACAGUAAUCCAAAGUAUGAGCAGUUCAGCAAUCUCAAAUCUGAGGCAUCUAUUCCGACAAAAGAUAUGGAGGAAGUACUUGCAGAAAUUCUACAGUUUUGCAAGCAAGUGCUCCAAGGUAAGUAAUGUUCAGUCACAAAUUGGUCAAUUCACAUAAGUAAUAUGAUGUUAGUGAUUGCAAGAAUGAAGCAACCAAUAUAAUUAGGAGAUUCAAAAAAUCAUUCUAUGCAGAGAAGUAAUCAUUUAGUUACGAGUGAUACUUUUGGAUCAAUUGUAAAAGUGUCAGAAAAUGAGACUUUGAAUAUCAAUAAUACUAGAGACUCUAAAUUGCAAGAGAAAAAAAAAUCAUGGAAAUUCAGAGUCUGGGUGUAGCUCUGAAUAGAGUAAGAGGUGUUCUGAUAUUUCACAACAUCUGCAAAAUCCAUCUGGGUGGUUACUUGUCUGAACACCUGUACAAUAUACUGUUUGCCGACAUGGAAGUAGAUCAUGAUUAUAGUUUCUUGUGUGCUUUUCACAUAGGGGGUCUAGCUCCCAAUAUUUGUUUUCCGUAUUUCAUAAUGAUAGAGUUAAUGCGUAAUGUACUUUUAGUUCUCUUUUUUUUUUUUCAUUUCGGUAGGGUUAAUGCGUGAUGUUGUUUUUGUCCCCCAUUAUAAUUAUUCAAAUAAGGCCUAGUUUGUAUCUUUUUGCACAUCUCAAUUACUAUAUAUAGUUAUAUACUGUGUAAGAAC